GGUCGUACCGGUGGAUAAUAUUUCUGAUGCAGUAAAUCUGUUCAUUAAAUAUCAUUUUAACACCGACAGUCCAACAUAUGAGCGCCGGCAGAACAUUCUCUACUUUGAUGGGUGGGAUGGAAUUGGAGCAUCUGCUGUCCUCACCGCUAUAUCAAACUUACCGAGGUCCAAGGAAUUCAACUUCGACAGAGUAAUCACCAUUCAUUUCUCGAAGUCAGAAAGCAGAUCAUUGCAGAGAAAUAUAGCAGAGCAGUUGAAACUCGGCACAUCUGUAGUGAAUGUUUUUCACAAGCAGGAUGAGGAUGACGACUUCGAGGGAAUAGACAAAACCUCAAGGCAAGAGAUACCUGAAGUUUCUGACCACAUCUUUGAAGUCUUGGCCAAGGAGAGGUUUUUGGUGAUUUUUCGCAAUGGAACUGACGAGGAGAUCAACUGGGUAAACUUUGGUAUUCCUUUGUUUGAUUGGAGAGAAAACAAAGCAUUGUGGACAUACCGGUGGCCAUUUAUAUUUACACCUAUACUGGAAAGCAAUGUGAGAAAUGUUCACAUGUUUCUUAGUGCAGUGCGAGAUGACGGAAAAAUACCUGACUCACAGUUAACAACCUCCGUGCACGACAAUUCUAAAGAGCUAGCACGUUUCACAAAAGUAGAUUCUCUCACCCCUGAUAUAGUCACAGAUUGUUGGUUUUAUCUGGCAUGGUUGAGUUUCAAUGAUGUCAACUUCAGUGGUCAUGACGAGGAAGUCCAUGUUCCUAACUUUUGGGUUUGUGAUGGGAUCAUUAAAGGUGAUGGUGCUUGGGAGGCUGGUAGCAGACUCUUUGAAGCAAUGCGAUUGGAGCAUCUUCCUUCGUGAGAAAACAAAAUCAAGUGGUUUGAGGACUUCUCUAAACUGCAAGAAAAUAGGUGCAGAUGGGUUUCAAGUGUUUCGAAGACCACCAUACCCCAGGAGGCAACAUCUUACUUCCUGAGUUUGCACUCAGACUUGCCAACCAGCUUGUUUCAUCACUCAGUACAGCUUCGAGUGCUAAAACUCUCUUCAUGUGCUUUCAGCUUUGAGUCACCUCCUUUCCUCUUCUGCCACAACCUGAGGUUUCUUUGGGUAGACUCCUGCAGUGGCAAUGGACUGGUUGGAAAGGAAGAGAGCAGGUGGAUAUCUCUCAAAGGCCUAUGGGUGCUGGACAUACGGCAAACAAACUGGGCAUGGAUAUUGACACCCCAGAUAAUGGAGCUGAUGGUUGAACUCAGGGAACUAAAUGUGAAGGCUGUUGAUGUUAUUAGGAUUGGUACAACCAAGUUUAAAUGGCCGCGUAAUCAUUGCAAGUUCAGGGUAGUUGAAUCUCCUUCGUAUUUGGAGGUUCUACUGCAAGACUCAAUACCGGAAAUGGAGAAUUUGGAGCUUCUCGACCUCUCUGGCAAUAGUACAAUGGAAGCCUUGCCAAACCUGACGGCAGCAAGUAGACUGAAGGUGCUUAUUCUUGAUGGAUGUGAUGGGCUAGACAAUGUUGAACCUGGCGUCCUCCCCUCAUCACUAGAGUCAUUCAGCUUCGAUGGAUUUGGACCAGCAUCACGAUGGAAGCAUUCAUUGCAGAUCCCAGGAACAGAGGAGCGCCCUAGUUCUAUUAAAGCAAGCCAGAAACCUCCAAGAGUCUCUAAGAUAUCCCUGCAGAAUGUGUUCCUUCGUGGAUUGCCAGAUCUUGAGGAGCUAAACCUCUCUGACACAGCGGUCCAAGCACUUGACCUAGAAGCUAUGCAGCUCCCUCAUCUUGAGCGGCUUUUCCUAUUGGACUGCGAGAAGCUUCGCAGAAUGAAAUGGCAUGAUUUGGGAAUUCCACCACUAAAGUUGCUAUAUGUAGAUACCAGAGGAAAUGCAGGAAUAAGAUCAAUGAAUGAUGACUGUCAGGGGUCUCAACAAGACACCUCCCGCCCACUGGCACAUAUCGUUAUUACAGAUGUAAGGUUCCUUCGAGGAUUUUUGUCUAGAUAUGGAUUAGAAUCUGACACUGUAUUCGGGGAGCAGCAAUUCCACUUACACCUAGUAUCUUCUACUACUCUCUGGCACGCACAAGUUAAAGGAACGAACAAGCAAAAGGAUGCCAUCCCCAGUGAUGAAUUGAGUGCUCCUCGAGCAAUAUUGUCAUCAUUGCCUUAUCUGAGUCUCCGUGGCAAUAUUGUUGGGGAGAAUGAUGAUGUCUGCUCAGUACAAGACUGUGCCGCCUCAACCUUUGCAGCGCCACGUUGAAAUUUCUGAGGGAGCAUUUAACUUGGAGACCCUAAAGUAUCCUGAUCAUGGAAGCGUGGAUUCGUUUUUGCUGCAUGCUGAAUCCCUGCAUGUGCAUGACCAUGCCUCCAUCACUACUGCUAGCGUAGAUUAUAAGGUAAAGCAAUUUGAAAAUGUGAGGUGGUGCGUGGUUGAGAGGUGCCCGAAGAUGCACACAGUCUUCCAUCUCAAUCUUUCGCCCCUGCCGAAAGAAUCUUUCCAGAGCCUAGAGACCUUCAGAGCAUCUCAUCUCAAGCAAGUCGAAUGCAUCUGGAGCAGAAAAAUUAGGUUCUACGACGGCAGAGAGGAACAUUUACCUGCUUUUGGAAAACUAAGAUACCUGCACCUGCACUCCUGCCCCAGCCUCAAAUUCGUACUUCCCUGGUCCUUCGCCACCCUACCAAGCUUGGAAAUCAUCCAUGUCACAUACUGUGAUGAGCUUAGACAGAUUUUCCCAAGGGGGGAACCAUACAGAGGGCGAUGUGCUACAAGCAUAGAGUUUCCAAGCCUCAAGCGUAUCCACUUCCAUGAGCUCCCCAAGUUGAUAUGUGAAGCUGAUAUGCUGGCCCCUGCUUUAGAGACCAUCAAGCUUAGAGGCUGCUGGAGUCUCAGGAGGCUGCCGACCAUCCAUAAUGGCGGCGCAAAUGAUAAACCGCUGGUUCUGGUGGAUUGCGAGAAGGAUUGUUGGGAUAAGCUGGAUUGGUCUGGGAUGGAGGAGAGCCGCAACCUCUUCGCACCGAGCCACUCAGGGUUUUACAGGAAGACCAUGCUGAGAGGAACACCUCUCAGGUAAGCUAAUUGCUAUAUGGAUCUGUGCACCGCUAGUAUCUGGAUGUUGCUCCAGCCAUUCAGGCAACUAGCACUCUGUGUUUCGCAAUACCAUUUUCUGUGUGUUUCCGUGUGUUGAUUCUGGAGUCUAUGAGAAGACAGGCUGCUUUAUUCUCAUCAGGUGUUCUGCGUGUGGUAUGUUAUUGGUAUCAGUCAAUAUGUUCUUCUGUCUUGAGGAUUGAUGGCGCUACAACUAGUCGGCUGUUUCUGCGUAUCUGCAACAAUAUAUACAUAAUGUUGUGCUUGUUCCAGCAUGGCUCCGGAGCUGCUGCUUACUGAAGCCUAAAAUAAAAGCAUCUCUCGUAUCUCUGCCUGCGCAUUCGAUACGCUGAAGAUGGCUGUGUGAUGUGUGCAUAUAUACUCGCACGGACAUUGUGCGUUUCAUUCGGCGUGGUUUGUGUUUGCUAUACAUUCCAAAUAAUAAGGUCUGACGGCACCUCACAGGCCGUCUGGCAGUGCGUGUGAUUUGUGAUGGACACAAAUAACUUUGUUUAUUUAUGUAUUGAACGUAUGUAUGAUGUUUCCCUUGAACAUGUUAAGGAGGUUUAAGAUGUCA